AUGUCCCACGCCUCUUUGCAUUGGUUGACUCAGUUGAACACAGCGGAAACGCCCGACAAGGUGUUGCGCCGUUCGUCCAUCGUUGGUACCAUUGGCCCCAAGACGAACAGCGCCGAAGUGAUGGUGAAGUUGAGAAAAGCCGGCUUGAACAUUGUGCGUAUGAACUUCUCCCACGGCUCGUAUGAGUACCACCAGAGCGUGAUUGACAACGCCAGAAAGUCCGAGGAAUUGUACAAGGGACGUCCUUUGGCCAUUGCCUUGGACACCAAGGGCCCUGAGAUCAGAACCGGUACCACUGUUGACGACAAGGAAUUCCCAAUUCCUCCAAACCACGAGAUGACCUUCACCACUGACGAGGCUUACCUCAAGAGGUGUGACGACAAGGUCAUGUACAUUGAUUACAAGAACAUCACCAAGGUUAUCUCCAAGGGUAAGAUCAUUUUCGUUGAUGACGGUGUCUUGUCGUUUGAGGUGCUUGACGUUGUUGAUGACAAGACCUUGAAAGUCAAGUCUGUCAACGCUGGUAAGAUCUGCUCUCACAAGGGUGUCAACUUGCCCGGCACUGACGUCGACUUGCCUGCUUUGUCCGAGAAGGACAAGGCCGACAUCCAAUUCGGUGUCAAGAACGGUGUCCACAUGAUCUUUGCUUCCUUCAUCAGAUCCGGUGACGACAUCAAGGAGAUCAGAAAGGUCUUGGGCGAGGAAGGCAAGGACAUCCAGAUCAUUUCCAAAAUUGAGAACCAGCAAGGUGUCAACAACUUCGACGACAUCUUGAAGGAGACCGAUGGUGUCAUGGUCGCCAGAGGCGACUUGGGUAUCGAGAUCCCUGCUCCUCAGGUGUUUGUUGUGCAGAAGCAGUUGAUUGCCAAGUGUAACUUGGCCGCCAAGCCUGUCAUUUGUGCCACCCAGAUGUUGGAGUCUAUGACGUAUAAUCCUAGACCAACCAGAGCAGAGGUUUCCGAUGUGGGUAACGCCAUCUUAGAUGGUGCCGACUGUGUCAUGUUGUCCGGUGAAACCGCCAAGGGUAACUAUCCAUUCGAGGCCGUCUCAAUGAUGCACAAUACUGCCAUCAUUGCUGAAAAGGCCAUCUCGUAUUUGCCUUUGUUCAACGAUCUCAGGGCCUUGGCCAAGAAGCCAACUGAGACCACCGAGACCUGUGCCAUUGCCGCUGUCUCUGCCGCCUACGAGCAAGACGCCAAGGCCAUUGUCGUCUUGUCUACCAGUGGUACCACCUGUAGAUUGGUGUCUAAGUACAAGCCAAACGUGCCAAUCAUGAUGGUCACCAGAAACCCAAGAUCUGCUAGAUACUCCCACUUGUAUAGAGGUGUCUACCCCUUUGUUUACGAGAAGCCUAAGGUCGAGAACUGGCAAGAGGAUGUCGAGAAUAGAUUGAGAUGGGCCGUUGCCGAGGCUGUCGACUUGGGUAUCAUCAAGAAGGGUGACGCCAUUGUCACUGUCCAGGGUUGGACCAGAGGCUCUGGCCACUCCAAUACCGUGAGAAUUGUUCAGGCCUAA